AGGAAAUAAUGGCGUGACGAAAAGAAAAAAAAAAGCAGGAGUGGAGAGGAGAAUCCGCCGCUGCGCCGUCUUCUUCUCCAUUGAAGCCAAGCUCCCCCAGGCCUUCUCGUUCUCCCCCUCCUCCUCGAGCUCUCGCUGGUGCGGGGAGCGAAGUGGAGAGGAGAGGCCGAGAGGGACGAGAGAUCGAGAGGGAGAGGGAGCACCGAAGCAGCGGGCGGCAGCAUGCGGCCUUCGCUCCGUACUAUCUAUUUUCUUCUUUUGCUACUUCCACAUGUGGUUUUUUCUAGACCACUCUUUCCACUACCAAGCAAGAGUAAUGGAAUAGAGAAGAGACCCUUACAAACUUUUCGACCAUAUAACAUUGCUCACCGUGGCUCAAAUGGGGAAAUUCCUGAGGAAACAGCUGCUGCUUACCUGAGGGCUAUUGAAGAAGGUGCGGAUUUUAUAGAAACGGACAUCCUUGCUAGCAAAGAUGGGGCCUUGAUCUGCUUUCAUGAUGUAACACUGGAUGCUACAACUGACGUUGCCAGCCGCAAGGAGUUUUCCAAUAGAAGAAGAACCUACGAGGUGGAAUGGUUCAACGCUACUGGCUGGUUUGUAGUGGACUUCACACUUGAGGAACUUAAAACACUGAAAGUCAAUCAGCGAUACCCAUUCAGAGACCAACAAUACAAUGGCAAGUUUUCAAUUAUCACAUUUGAAGAAUUCAUUUCUAUUGCCUUGGAUGCAAGCAGAACUGUCGGAAUAUACCCAGAGAUGAAAGAUCCAGUUUUUAUCAACAAGCAUGUCAAGUGGGAUGGUGGGAAGAAGUUUGAGGACAAAUUUGUGGAUACCUUACUGAAGUAUGGAUAUAAAGGCCAAUAUAUGUCAGAAAAUUGGCUGAAGCAGCCGUUGUUUAUACAAUCUUUUGCUCCUACUUCCCUUGUACAUGCAUCAAAGUUGACAGACUCUCCCAAGAUAUUCCUGAUUGACGAUUUCUCAGUGAGAACACAAGAUACAAACCAGUCAUACUGGGACAUCACUUCUGAUGACUACCUAGCAUAUAUUAGUAACUAUGUUGUUGGCCUUGGUCCAUGGAAAGAUACGGUUGUUCCAGCAGCCAAAAACUAUACGAUGGCACCGACUGAUCUUGUUGCAAGAGCACAUGCUCAUAAUCUUCAGGUACACCCGUACACAUACAGGAACGAGAACCAAUUCCUGCACCUCAACUUCCAUCAGGACCCUUAUGCUGAGUAUGAUUUCUGGAUAAACAGCAUGGGGGUCGAUGGAUUGUUCACUGAUUUCACUGGAUCCCUGCACCGUUACCAGGAACUGGUAGCUCCACAUGCGAAGGAUGAAACUGCAAACAGCCUCCUAGUAAAAAUUGCUCAAAUGAUCUCCCAAUAUGAAGGUUUCUUCCUUGAAACAAAGUUCAUUGAUGGGUACAUUGAGAUGGAGCUGUUUGGACAAGUUGUCAGGAACUCAGGAUGUGUGCAUACCUACCAGUGCAGAUGUGAAAAGCAACAACAGGAAGUUGGAAUUGAACCGCAGCUCUACCCACUCCUGUCCUCUGUCAAAAGCUACGAGAAUGCCAUGAUGCAACACUUUGAUCUUCUUCGUUGUGACCCGGGCAAAAGUUCAGCGCCUCUACCCCACAAGAGGCGAUCGCGAGACACUACGCUCUGCUGCUGCGCGCAUCGCCAGCAGAAAAUCGCAGCAUUUGCAGGCUCUCGCAUCAUUUUCAGUCGCCACGUGAUCCAGGUGGUGGUCGUCUGCGCGGCUCGGCGGAGGAGGGCGGACAUCCAGUCGGAGACGUACGUGCUGAUGGAGCCAGGGGAGGAGGAGGAGUUCGUGAGCAAGGAGGAGCUGGAGGGCAGGCUGAGGGGGUGGCUGGAGCGGUGGCCCGGCGGCGAGCUGCCGCCGGACCUCGCGAGGUUCGACACCGUCGACGACGCCGUGUCGUACCUCGUCCGGUCCGUCUGCGAGCUGGAGAUCGACGGCGAGGUCGGCUCCGUGCAGUGGUACCAGGUUCAGCUGGAGUAGAGUGGUUCUUGUGUGGAAUGGAAUGAACGCGCGAUCGACGUGGAGUGAUAGUUUAUACACGUACGUAGUAAUCUUCAACGCGACACCAUUUAUCUUUUUCAGAUUUAGAAUUCUACGGAACCGAUACUCUACUCUGAAAAGUAAGAAUUUUACAGAGACUAAAAUUCAACCCGUGCGAAAUUCCUGUAGAAUUCAUUCGUCCAGAAAAAAAAAGGGGCACAUUGUGUCAUUGUCCCUCGUAGCGUAAAUGAUGUCCCUCGUCGUUCUCUCGUGUCACAAUUCUUUUCUGUUUACUUCAUAUAAUCUGCUCUACGUUUCUAGAAA